GCAUGGUCCUAAUCCAUCUAGCUGGCUUUAUUGGCAUUCUCUUGCUCAUUUCGUCACUCCACUUCUGAUCAUAAGAGUAUGUUUUACGAGUAGUGAAGCUCUCGAUGCUUUGGAUAGGCUCGUCUCAUGGUCAAAGACGGCAGACGACAGAGAGAAAAACAAUACAUUCCUCAGCUGUGUAUCUGCACCCUUGCUCCCAGCCAGACACACUAAUUCCCGUUCUCCCACUUGAUGCCGGCACUCUGGCAGGGAAUCACAACUUCGACGGAGACGGCCGCGUUCCAGCCGCACUCCCCCCGCACCAACAUUCCAGCACUGAGGAGAUUCGUAUGCAGCUCGAUAUCAAACAGAAGGAUCCUCAUCUGCCGUCAACAACUCUGGAGAAGGCAGCAACCACUUGACACUCAAGAAAAAGCACCCUGACAACCAUGGCUCGGUCAGGGCAACAGAAGCUCACCGACUUGGUGAACGGUCUCCAAGAGCGCGGUGCUCUCAAGAGAAAUGCGUACCCGAUAGUCCUUGUUGCGGGCUUUGCUAGCUUUGGCGAACCUAUAUUUGGGACGAUCAACUACUGGGGAGGUUUCGAAGAUCUUGCUUCGGCGCUGCAAGAGAGUACAGGCGCUCCGGUCAUCCUCACCCGCACCGGCCCUUUUUCGACCAACUGGGAGCGUGCCUGUGAGGUGUAUUGCCAACUACGCAAGAUCCAAGCUGCAGGCCCAGGGAGCGGGUUCGAUACUUCACCGGCUCAACAAACCCGGAUUCCAAUCCAAUAUGGGCAGUACAUCCCUCUUCCCCCGCGACCUCAGAACUAUACAAAGCAAGCUGUCGUCCUGGGAAACCUCCCUUCCGACUGGGUUUGGAAUGCAAAGCAUCCCGUUCAUAUGAUAUGCCAUUCACAAGGAGGCAACACGGUCCGCCUACUCAGCGAGCUGUUGUCUGGGAGACAUGGGCCACAAAACCCUGCAUACUUUGGCGCAAACCUAGGGAAUAGGCAGGAAUGGAUUAGGGGCGUCGUGACGCUUGGUACCCCGUUCCUCGGUACCACCAUUACUAGUGUCAUCUUCGACGAGAUACUGCGAGAUGUACAAGUCGAUGAAGUGAUCUCUCGGCUAGUUGUUUCCGCAUCUCUUAAUCCGAGCCGGUUUGUCGACCUCCAACUGGACCAUUGGGGAUUUAGGCCUCAGGCAUGCGAAUCCUUUCUGGAUAUGCACCGGCGUCUCAAGGGGAAUAUCAACGCUUGGUGGGCUUCGGAUAACAACGCUGUCAAAGACAAUGGAAUCCAGGGGAUUGCCAGACUGAACCGCGACUUUGCUCCUCAGCCGUCUGACAAGACGUAUUACUUCACCAUGUCUUUCGAUGCCACCAGGCCCAUUCCCACCCAACAUGUGUCGCCGUUGGCCCAAGAUCUCAAAAACUUUCCACUUCAUCCUCUCUUGUCGCUUGGGGGGCUGCUGUACCCCGGGCCUUUCGACCUUGCAGCCAAAUUCGCCUCUGGUUUCGUCAGCCUUACCCACCGAGUACCCGGAGCGCCCAGUGUUCUUGCGUACGCAAAGUGGGCCGCUGGGUUCGCCAACAACCUUCUCGCUGCUUUGGGCUACCAGAUUCGGGUUCCUAUCCCCGGGAGCCGAAUUCCCCUGGCUGACAUGCUUCCCGUCCUGACCAUCUUCUCGGUCGGGAUGAGCGGAAAGGGCGAGUCAGUGGGAUUCUCGGCAAAGAAUGAUGGCAUUGUCGACACAGCGUCAAUGCGUGGCCCGGCGCUAGGAACUGUCGACGAAAUUGACAACUUCAACAUGGCGUCCAUCCAAGCCAACCGAGGUGUCUACUGGCACCUGGGCUUGACCGAAGGUGUUGACCACGCUGACGAAGUUGGCGUCUUUACUGAUACUGCUACGGUGAGCACCAGGAGUCGACUUGCUUUUACCACAUAAGAGAGACAGCUGCUAAUUGUGAGACAGUACGAUACGGUGCGAAAAAUGUACGAACAGCUUGGAGACUUCCUGUCUGCUCUCUGACCAUGUGCGGCUGGCUCCCAUGGAGCUUUAAUAGCCCGUCUGUCUCUCGAUGCAAACGACCGGUCCGUAUUGAAGCAU